AAUCUCAAAUAGAAAUACUACUCCUGAACAGUCUUUGACUCUAAACACAAAAACUUAUAGUAAUUAUUUUGUCGACUUGGAGACUAGGAGUUUGUUGUUCUUUGUCCCUUGUUCCUUUUCACGUCUCAUGCAAAGAGUCUUGGGAAAGAACUUCCUAAGACUAGUGGAGCAGGUGGCACACGGUUACUGACCCUGAAGCAUGGGCUCAGACGACCCCUUAGUCUGGUUUUGCCGGCCAGUGGCAAAUGGCAUUUGGGCUCAAGAAACCGACAGCGCCUUUGGUGCUUAUACGCCUUGUGCCAUUGAUUCUGUGGUGGGAAAUGUUUCUCACCUAGUUCUUCUUGGCAUGUGCCUAUAUAGAAUAUGGCUCAUCAACUUUAACCCCAAAGUCCAACGCUACUGCUUGAGAUCAAAUUUCUACAACUAUGCAUUGGCCUUGCUGUUCAGUUGUUGCGCUGCUGAGCCUCUGUACAGACUGGUUAUGGGCGUAUCGAUCUUCAACUUUGAUAAAGAGUCAGGUCUUGCACCUUACGAGAUGGUGCAUUUGGGCAUUGAGAUUAUCUCGUGGUGUUCUAUGGUUGUAAUGCUGCUUGUUGAAACAAGAAUCUACAUAAAAGAGUUCAGAUGGUACAUCAGAUUUGGAUUUAUGUAUGUUUUAGUGGGAGAUGCAGUGAUCUUUAACUUCAUCUUCCCACUUAGAGAAUUCUACACCAAGUCGAUACUGUACUUGUUCAUUAGUUCAGUCUUCUUCCAGGUUUUGCUUGGGAUACUUCUUCUUGCUUACGUACCGAAAUUGGACUCAUAUCCAGGCUACGUACCACUGCCGGACACUGUGGAUGACACUGAGAACGAAAAGUCUCUCGGAGAGCAAGUAUGUCCCGAGAGAUCUGCAAAUAUUUUUUCUGCGACCUACUUCAACUGGAUGACUCCCCUUAUGCAGCAAGGGUACAAAAGACCCAUCACCGAGAAGGAUGUCUGGAAGUUGGACUCUUGGGAUCAGACAGAGACAUUGAGCAGAGAAUUCCACAAAUCUUGGGAGGAAGAAGUUCAGAGAUCCAAACCAUGGCUUUUGCGUGCUUUGAAUCGUAGCCUUGGUGGCAGGUUCUGGUAUGGAGGCAUCUUCAAAAUUGGUAAUGAUCUUUCCCAGCUUGCAGGCCCUGUUAUACUAAACCAUCUUUUACAGUCUCUUGAGAAAGGCGAUCCAGCUUGGGUCGGUUACAUCUACGCACUGUCGAUAUUUUUCAGUGUGUCAAUCGGAGUGCUCUGUGAGGCUCGUUACUUUCAGAAUGUCAUGCGUGUUGGCUUCAGGCUAAGAUCCACUCUGGUGGCUGCUAUAUUCCGCAAAUCCUUAAGGCUAACCCAUGAAGCUCGUAAGAACUUUCCAUCCGGAAGAAUUACAAACAUGAUCACGACAGAUGCUAAUGCACUUCAGCAAAUAACCCAACAGCUUCAUGGUUUAUGGUCGUUCCCGUUUAGAAUUACCAUGGCCAUGAUUCUUCUAUACCAGCAGCUAGGAGUAGCUUCACUUCUUGGUUCGCUUAUGUUGGUCCUGAUGUUCCCAAUACAGACUUUUAUCGUCAGCAGGAUGCGAAAGCUAUCCAGGGAAGGAUUGCUACGUACAGACAAGAGAGUCGGCUUAAUGAACGAGAUUUUGGCAGCUAUGGAUACUGUCAAGUACUACGCGUGGGAAAAGAGCUUUAAAUCCAAAAUUCAGGUUCUGAGGGAUGAUGAGCUGUCAUGGGUCAGGAAAGCACAGACGCUCCAAGCGUGGAAUACUUUCAUCCUAAACAGCAUACCAGUCCUUGUGACAGUGAUUUCAUUUGGAACAUUCACAUUGCUCGGUGGGGAUCUCACGCCUUCCAGAGCUUUUACGUCUCUUGCUUUAUUUGGCGUUCUGCGAUUCCCCCUAAAUAUGCUCCCUAAUUUAAUCACUCAGGUUGUGAACGCAAAUGUAUCUCUCCAACGUCUCGAAGAACUAUUGCUUGCAGAAGAGAGAAUUUUGUUGCCUAAUCCACCUCUUGCACCGGAGCUUCCUGCCAUCUCGAUCAAGGGUGGAAACUUUUCGUGGGAUUCUAAGGCGGAACGACCCACAUUGUCCAAUGUGAAUCUGGAUAUACCAGUUGGCAGCCUAACUGCAAUUGUUGGUGGCACCGGAGAAGGAAAAACAUCGCUAAUAUCAGCAAUGCUGAGAGAGCUUCCUCCACUUGGAGAUGCAAACGUUGAAAUCAGAGGAUCUGUGGCUUAUGUGCCUCAGAUCUCUUGGAUUUUCAAUGCAACAGUGCGCAACAAUAUAUUAUUUGGAUCUUCGUUUGAACCAGCAAGAUAUUGGAAGGCCAUAGAUAUCACUUCAUUGCGCCAUGACCUUGAGUUGCUUCCCGGCCAUGAUCUCACCGAGAUUGGUGAAAGAGGAGUGAACAUCAGUGGAGGCCAAAAGCAGAGAGUUUCAAUGGCUAGGGCUGUGUAUUCCGACUCAGAUAUUUACAUCUUUGACGACCCGUUGAGCGCUCUGGAUGCCAAUGUUGCUCGACAGGUGUUCAAUAAUUGCAUAAAGGAAGCAUUGGGAGGGAAAACGAGGGUCCUUGUCACGAAUCAGUUGCAUUUCCUUCCUCAGGUUGACCGGAUAAUCUUGGUUUCCGAAGGUAUGGUGAAAGAGGAGGGCACCUUCGAGGAGCUCUCCGAGAAUAGUGUUUUGUUCAAGAAGCUAAUGGAAAAUGCAGGCAAAAUGGAGGAGCAUAUCCACGAUAAUGGUGAAGAGAUGGAUCUUUGUGACGAAUCAUCGCCUACACUUUCUUCUGAUCCUAAUACGAAUGAGGUGCCAAAAGAUGCAAUCUCAACUAGAAACACGAGAGAAGGUAAAUCAGUUCUUAUCAAGCAGGAGGAAAGGGAGAUGGGAAUUGUCAGCUGGCAUGUUUUGAUGAGGUACAAAAACGCAUUAGGCGGCUUGUUUGCUGUAUCAGUGCUGCUCACAUGCUACACAUUGACUGAAACUCUUCGAGUUUCAAGUAGCACGUGGCUUAGCGUUUGGACGAAGCAGAGCACUUCAGAGAGUUAUAGUGUCGGUUUUUAUAUCAUAGUUUAUGCUGUCUUGUCUUUUGGUCAGGUGUUAGUUACAUUGACAAACUCAUUUUGGCUGAUUAAAUCGAGCCUCAAGGCGGCUAAACACCUUCAUGAUUCGAUGCUAAAUGCUAUACUCAGAGCUCCGAUGGUGUUCUUCCACACGAAUCCCAUAGGCCGCGUGAUCAACAGAUUCGCCAAGGAUCUUGGUGAUAUUGACCGCACUGUAGCAGGCAUUGUCAAUGGCUUCUUUGCUCAGCUAUGGCAGUUGCUUUCGACUUUCAUGCUCAUCGGCAUUGUGAGCACUGUGUCUCUAUGGGCCAUCAUGCCCCUGCUCAUCUUGUUCUAUGCAGCAUAUCUCUACUAUCAGAGCACAUCAAGGGAAGUGAAGCGUCUUGACUCAAUCACAAGGUCACCCGUGUAUGCACAGUUUGGGGAGGCGCUGAACGGGCUGUCCUCAAUCCGUGCAUACAAGGCUUAUGAUCGGAUGGCCGCCAUCAAUGGGAAGUCAAUGGACAACAACAUCAGAUUCACUCUCAUUAACUUUAGCUCGAAUCGUUGGCUGACCAUAAGAUUGGAGAGUUUAGGAGGCAUCAUGAUCUGGUUGACAGCAACAUUUGCAGUUAUGCAAAAUCAGAGAGCUGAAAACCAAGUGGCAUUUGCAUCUACCAUGGGAUUGCUCCUCAGUUACUCCUUAAACAUCACCAACUUGCUGAGCAACGUGCUGAGGGUCGCAAGCCGCGCAGAAAACAGCUUGAAUUCAGUCGAGCGCGUUGGAACAUACAUAGAUUUGCCAUCUGAGGCUCCGGAUGUGAUUGAGGGAAGCCAACCCCCGCCUGGAUGGCCGGCCUCAGGAUUGGUCAGGUUUGAAGAUGUGUGCCUCCGGUACAGACCCGGGCUUCCACCCGUCCUCAAGGGACUUUCCUUCACCAUCCAAUCACACCAGAAGGUCGGUAUAGUUGGAAGAACGGGUGCUGGUAAAUCGAGCAUGAUCAAUGCAUUGUUCCGGAUUGUGGAGCUUGAGAGAGGGAGGAUCUUAAUUGAUGAAUGUGAUGUUGCCAAAUUCGGAUUGACUGAUCUACGAAAAGUUCUCAGCAUUAUCCCACAGUCUCCUGUCCUUUUCUCAGGUAAUGUUCGGUUCAAUCUCGACCCGUUUGGUGAACACAACGACACUAACCUCUGGGAAGCUCUAGAGAGGGCACACUUGAAGGAUGUCAUCAGGAGAAAUCCUUUGGGUUUGGAUGCUGAGGUUUUGGAAGGUGGCGAGAACUUCAGCGUUGGGCAGAGGCAGCUGCUAAGUCUUGCUCGAGCAUUGCUUCGUAGGUCGAAGAUCCUGGUGCUUGAUGAAGCAACAGCUGCAGUUGAUGUUACUACCGAUGUGCUUAUACAGAAAACCAUUCGAGAAGAGUUCAAAUCGUGUACGAUGCUCACAGUCGCUCAUCGCCUCAACACCAUCAUCGACAGUGAUCAGAUCCUCGUGCUUGAUGUUGGCCAGGUGGUCGAGUAUGACACUCCUGCAAAGCUCCUUGAAAACGAAACAAGUGCCUUCUCCAAGAUGGUGCAGAGCACGGGGCAGGCCAAUGCUGAGUACCUCCGAGGCUUGGUUGUUGCGAGGAAGGAUAAAGGAGGCCGCUUUGAUGGGGAGACGGCGUCAUGGCUUCUAUCUUCGCGUUGGAACGCUGCUGUGCAGCAUGCCCUCGCUGCCAACCUCAGCUCCGCGGUGAGGGACCUGCAGGUGCUCGGGUUCGAGGAGAGCAGCAAUGUGAUCAGCAAAACCAAGGAUGCAGUAGUGCUUCUGCAGGAUGUAUUGUUGGGGAAGCACGACGAGGAGAUCGUGGAGACGCUACAACAGUUUGAGGUGUCAAGACACACAUGGUGGUCGGCUUUCUACAGAGUGAUUGAAGGUCAUGCAGAGAUAAGCAGGUUGGCAAGAAAUGGACUGCAGCAACCUAGAAUUGGAUUGGAAGAUGCUUCAGACAAUUGGGAUGAUCUUUAACUGUAAUCAAUCAACUUAGUUACAACUGUUCAAAAAAACUUGGCCCGAACAUAUAGCUCGUUCGAUGUAUUCCCAAUGCAUUCAUGGGAAGAGGAGGUGGAAGGGAGCUUCAACUUCAAGAGCAUGAAAUUGGGGACAUGGGAGAAACGGAGGUGAAUUUGAGUAGUAGGAUGUCUCUUAUAAUGUAAGAACUCACUGCAAAUCAACUGUAACAUUAAAUUUCACGCUGAAUCUGGAUAAGCAAAUCCAGUUAGAUAUUAAUAAAAGCUCAUGUUACAGAAAGGUUUGCCAA